UCUUCAUUUACCUCUCUCUCCUGUUUGCUGAAGCAAAGCACUGCGCGCCUGCAAGACGAGUGAGCAGAGAAGACGAAAACUCGGUUUCAACAGGAAUGGACGACUACACGAGGCAGAUGAUGGACCUCAAGACCCUCGUCACCCGCACCCUUGAGAAGAAGGGCGUACUCGCCAAGAUCCGGGCUGAACUCAGAGCAAGUGUGUUUGAGGCAAUUGAAGAUGAGGAUCGGGUAAUUGAACAAGAAGAAGGUUUGCCUCCUGCAUUACUUGGUAGCUGCAAUGAUCGUGCAAAACAUCUUCAUUCGUCUCCAUCAGGAAGGCUACUUACUGCUCUUAUAUGUGAAUACUUAGACUGGGCGCAACUAAAUCACACGCUAAAGGUUUAUUUGCCGGAGUGUAAUUUGCAAAAGGAUUCUUGGAAAACUGAUUUGCAAGAAUUUAGUAGCAAGAAUGGAUAUGAUCUCAACAGAAAUGGUGAUAGUGGUCCGUUGCUUUUGGAUGUGCUUGAAGGAUUCUUGAAGUUUGAGAAUCUAUCUCAAGCAAGAGGUACUGGAAGAAGAAUAACUACUCCAGAAGCUGAGUCCUUAUCCAAUUUAGAGUCCAGGAACAAUCGGAGGCCUUCUUCAUCAUCUGUUGCUGGGGGCCUACCUCCACUGGGAAGGCCUAUUCCUGCUUCCCAGGCAUCUGAUCGUAGAGGAGGUUCCUCGAUGUCUGGUUACAGGAAGGAUGACUAUAAUUGGAGAUAUGACAGUGACGAGCUCCCAGAGGAUGUAAUUCGAGCUUCAGCUGCCUUGGAGAACCUUCAGUUGGAUAGAAAGGCUCGAAAUCUUACUACAUCUUGGCGGCAUGCUGGGGAUGGAAUCAGUGAGGGUGAUGGCCGGGCAGACCAUAUGUAGCUGAGUGAUACGCUUCAUAUGACUGCUCCUGUAUCUUACUGUGUUUUUAUUUUUCAACCUUCAAUGAAGACCAUCAAAUGAGAGUAGUGAUGUCAUGUAAGAUUAUUUGUUAUGUGAUGUGAUUUAGUGCUUUGAUCGAGCUUUUUGUAUGUGAAACUCAUGUUAGUAACUUUGCCUUGUGUAGAAUUUUAGAUUUUGAAGGAUCUUAGGUGAUGUCAUGUGCAAAUGCAAAGAUUUAGUGGGGGAUUAUCCAAACUAGAAUAUAUAGUGACUUGUAGUCAGCUGAGACAACUGACCUGAAGACCUUUUUACUUUUUGGUUAGAACAUGCAUCUCCGUUUCAUUAUACGUGCAUCUUGUUUCGGCCUUAUUAGCACGGUGGCAGCGAAGUAAUAGAUUGGCUUGGGAUGAAAGUUGCUGUA